AUGCAAGUUCAAAUAAAUCUGUCUUCAAAAUUCUUUUCCAAUUUUUCUUCUCUUCUUUCCAAUGCUUUUAUCUAUUUCUUUUUCAUUAUUAUUUUUCCCCUUUUUUCCCCCUUUUUCUAUCUGAUUCCUUCAUCAUUCAUUCUUUUUUUUUUCAUCUUUACAUUUUCUUUCAAAAAUUCACAUUUUCUUUUUUCUAUGUUUCUCUCUUCUCAUUUUCUUUUUACUUUUCUUUCUUUCCAUCAACUUUCUUUCUUUGUUCAUUUCUUCCUGUUUUUCAUUACCAUUUUUUUUUCUUUUUGCUAUCUUACUGAUUCAUUUUGUUUUAUCUUUCAUUUUUCAGACAAUUUCUUCUCUCUUUCUCAUUUAAUCCCAGCACCUUUUUUUUCUCUUUCAUCACUUUUCUUACACAUACACACGUUUCCUUCCUCCAAAUAUGUUUCCUUUCUUUUCAAUCUUAUUUUCUCAUUUAUUUUAUUUUUGCCUUCUGUCAUCCAUAUUUUUUCUUUCUCCUUAAAAUUCUUUCUUUCAUUUUUUUUUUCAUUUCUUUCUUUUACACACUCAACAGUUGCAAUAUUUUAUCAACCACACUGGUCAUAUUUAAACAAGAUACAUUUUAAAUAUAUUGUUCUGUAG